CGGAAGGGUUAUCCGAUGCUUGACUUGGCUUACACGGUGGACGCGCGCCUUAUCUGUAGCCACGUGGCGCCAGCUCAUUCGCCGAGCAAAUCGCCGUCGAGGAUUCUAAUCCGAACUCCAGUGAUGUUUCUUUCUUCCGACGGACGUGCUCUCACCAAUGAAAUGGCAGCGCCUUUCGAUGAUCGCAUCAACGUCUCGCGUGGGGCUUCUCGUGGUGUAAGCGUUGGUGGAGAAGGGGAGAUAUUUAUAUACAUCUAUAUAAAUAUACCUGAGGUGCCCAACGAGGCAGGUGUCCAGGUAAGGAACUCGAGAUGGAACGACGACCGCAGCGAAGACAUCUCUAAAGCUUCACUUCGUCAAUCCGGCGGAUCCAGUCGAAAUGGAGCUCAGCUGCAUCGCGUCUCCUCGCGGGAGAGGAGGAAGGUCGCUGAGUGGGCUCAGAUCAAGGCAUCCGCGGAGGGGAGCCACGAGAGGAUCAACACCGAAGGCGCCGGAGAACCCCGGCCCAGGGGCUUCGCAGCUGGCGGUCCCGUGAUGGAGGUCUCCGCGUCGCCGGCGUCCGCGAGCACAACGACCACGACCGUCAUCGAGCGGAGCUUCGCCGGCAGCGGGGACUCCGAAUUCCCCGUCUGGGAGAGGUUGGGCGCUGUUGUUAGGCUCAGCUACGGGAUAGGUAUAUACGGAGCUAUGGCGCUUGCGGGGAAGUUCAUAUGCUCCACUGCUGGGAUUGAUUGCACAGGAGGAUUCCAUCCGUCGCUAGAAGCGGUCCUGGACGGUCUGGGCUAUGCUGCUCCACCUAUCAUGGCUCUGCUCUUCAUCCUAGAUGAUGAGGUGGUGAAGUAUUCACCCCAUGCUCGUGCUAUCAGAGAUGUGGAGGAUGAGGAGCUCCGGAGCUUCUUCUAUGGCAUGUCACCGUGGCAGUUCAUACUCAUUGUCGCUGCAAGUUCUAUCGGGGAGGAGCUGUUUUAUCGAGUUGCUGUUCAGGGAGCACUGGCUGAUAUGUUCUUAAGGGGCACCGAACUCAUGAAAGAUGCACGUGGAAUUGCAUCUCUGACUGGUGUGCUGCCUCUAUUUGUGCCAUUUGCUCAAGCAUUUGCUGCGGUUAUCACGGCCGCUCUCACAGGCUCACUGUAUUAUGUUGCAACUGCGCCAAAAGAUCCUACGUAUGUAGUUGCACCAGUAUUAAAUUCUGGCACUGGUCGUGAAGACCUCAGGAAGCUCUUUGCAGCUUGGUUUGAGAGAAGGCAGAUGAAGAAGAUAUAUUCUCCACUUUUAGAAGGAUUGUUGGCUCUCUACCUUGGAUUUGAAUGGAUUCAGACGGAUAAUAUUCUCGCACCUAUGAUCACGCAUGGGAUAUAUUCUGCUGUUGUACUGGGGCAUGGACUCUGCAAAAUUCAUGAUCACAGGCGUAAGCUUCGUCAAAGGAUCCAGCAAGUACGGGUGGAAACGAAGAACAACAAUUUGUAGACCAAAGAGAAAUAUUUUUGACAUGGCAAGAAAGGAUGAACCCGAAGCUUUUUGCUCCUACCAGCAAGGGACAUUCGUAUGCUGGAACUCUAACUGAAGGAGUAGAAAAAGUUGAAAUAAUGAAGCGGGAUGUAGUAAUCUAUCUGCAACUCUUGCUAUAAUCACUUCAGUAAAUAAAAAGUAGUCAACUAGGAAAUGUACGAUCUAGGGAUAUUUGUGUCUGUAUGUAUAUACUGUGUCAACAUCAAAAAUGCAGGCGCUAGUUUGGCUGGAGA